AUGGUCAACCUAAGCAUCCUCCCCGCAGAAGCCUCUGCCACAUGUCUCUGCGUCGGCUCGUUCCUGCGGUCGCUCCCCGAACCUCUCCGUUCGCGGCUUCACGUUCAACCUUCGCCCACACCUUCGACAGACGCACUGAUGUGGCUGCCGAACAUCGCGCAGGGCGACACGUCUGGCCGGCUCCGCGAGAUCCUGCUUGCAGCACCGCGGAUCCGGUUCGUGCAGCUGCCCAUGACGGGGGUGGAGCAUUUCAUGCCGCUGAUGCGGGAGAUGCAGGGAAGGCGGAUCGUGUGGUGUAGUGCGAAGGGGUGUUAUUCGGCGCUCGUCGCCGAGCAUGCGCUCGCGCUGUGCUUGGGUAUGCUGAAAGGCCUGCACGGGCGUUCGGUGGAAAACGAGUCGCUGUUCCGCAAGAAGGUUCUCAUCGUCGGCAGAGGCUCUAUUGCGACACAGCUCUCUGCUCUGCUCUCACCUUUCGACUGCGCACUCUCGUACACCGACAGCUCCUCCUCCUCCGCCCAGCUCCAUUCCGCUGCCUCACAAGCCCAGGUCAUCUUCAUCACCUGCCCACUCACCCCUUCCACGGCAAACCUGUUCAACACCACCCUCCUCGCCGCACUCGACCCGCACGCGCUCCUCAUCAACAUCGCACGCGGCCACAUCAUCAACACCACCGCCCUCCUCCACUCGCUCGCCGCAAACCCCGCACAGCGCGCUGCGCUCGACGUGGUACACUACUCCUCCGCUCACGAAAAGCAGCAGCUGGAAAUGCUCGAGAGACAGGGGAGGGUGCUCAUCACGCAUCAUGCGGCGAUUCCGUCCAAGCUGAUUCCCGAGGUGCUGGGGGAGCGGCUGUGCUGGAAUCUGCGCGUGUUGGUGGAUGUGGAGGAGGGGAAGGUAGACGUGCAAGACGAGGAGGCGUGGAAGGGUCGCGUGGAUGUGGGAAAGGGGUAUUAA